GGUUUUUUAUGAUAGUUAUGUUAUUUCGUCACAUAUCAUCUAUACUUGUCCCAAUUAUACCGGGUUACCAUUGAGCUGUGUUUUAUAUUCGUAUGUCAUUUAAUUUUUUUUUUUUUGAAAAUUUGGGUUUCAUUGAUGAAGAAUUUAAACUUGUUUGGUAUGUAAACAAAUUAAAAUUGUACCGUAUUAUUAGCCGGCUUAUUAAAAGUAAUUUUUCUUCUUAUAUGUUGUUUAGACCACCCGGAUAUAAAGUGACGUUUUUAUUAAAACUUCCGUUGCGUGCAGUACUAUAAUAUAUCAUUAUUACACCUUAAUACAAUUAGUCUAAUAUGGAUAAAUAAUCGAAAAAUAAAAAUCAAUAAAAACUGUAUUAAUGUUACAGGGAAUCGUGCGUAAAUGUUGAAAUAUUUGGACGAUGCAUUUCGAAUAAGUAAUUAAUCACGUAAAAUGAUUUUUUGUUUCCAUUAAAAGUUCAUUUGAAAAUUAAUAAUUUCACUUUAAAAACCGGACAAACGUUAAAAAUCGUCACCCAAAUAAUAUUUGGAUCACGAAGUACUCGAGGUUUGCAUAACUAAGACGAUUUUUUCCUAAAAAGAAUAAUAACAAUCAAUAAAAAGUGUCUGUAUAAAAAGUGGUUUGCACAGCACACUCAGUUUCAGUUAUUGAACGGGGAUUCAAAGAACAAUACUUGCAAUCAAACACUGACUUUGUAUAUUCUUGUUUGUACGUGAUGUUUGUGGCAAAAAAUGUGUUAGCUUCAACAAUUUUAUUUGCAUUGGUUUCAGCGUGGUCUUCACCACUACCGCAGUUUUACCAAACACCGUCUUUGCAAUAUCGACCAUUUUAUAGGGAAUUAACACCUUUUUUUUUUGAAGACAAUUUUCGCCAGCCGAUUCAAUUUUACCAAACGCCAACCUUUGCAAUACCGCCAUCACCAUCUUCUUCUCACCUUCCUCCAUCACCACCUUCACCAUCUUCGCUUCCUUUUCCUCCACAAUUACAAUCAAUACAACAACCAUCAUCCUCUUUUAUGUUAAAUCAACCUCCACAGUCGCAUUCUACACCUACCCAAGUGACAAAUGUGCAUCAUCACAUAUACUACUAUUAUUAUUUGCCGGCGCAAGUUGAAUCAAGACUACUAGAUAAACCACGAACUUCAGAACGGGGUCAGAUAGAAGGAAGAGGAGUAGGUGUAGAUAGUAGCACCAAGAAAUUAUGCAACGAAGACGAUGGAGUCCAAGUUAUUGCGUCUCCACCAAUUUACUUACCACCCGAUCCAGCGCCACCUACCCAACUUCCAGUUUCGCCUUCUCCUCCAACACAAGCACCUUGUGAUGACACUAUAAUCGUAGAGAGUGAAGGCUACUUUCCAUUUGGUAGGUCAAGUAUGGCAACGAAUAAAAAUUCAUCAGUAAUUAAUAUAAGCGCAUCUCAAAAAAAUGCACAAUAUGGAAAUAUAGCUGAUAAAAGGAAAAUUUUUGUUCCGGUUAACUUUCUAUUACCACCGGAUAAUAAAUGACAUUUAUAAUGUCGAAAUCUUCAUGAUUUUUAGAAUUAAUGAAGAUUAUAAUGUAACUAAUGUUUCAAUUAAA